AUGGCCGCCGCAAACAAGCAGGGCAAGAUGCAGGGCCUGAUCAACUACCGCCUGCGCGUCACCAUGAUGGACGGUCGUCAGAUGGCCGGCCAGAUGCUCGCCUUCGACAAGCACAUGAACCUCGUCCUCGCCGAUACAGAAGAGUUCCGCCGAGUAAAGCGCAAGCCUAACAACAAGGCUGCUCCCGGACAGGCAGAGCCUCAAUUUGUCGAGACAGAAGAGAAGCGUACCCUUGGUCUCACCAUUGUCCGUGGUGCUCAUAUCGUCGCCUCGACUGUCGAAGGUCCUCCGCCUGCAGAUCCCUCGGCAAGAUUGGCCAAGGAUGGCCCUGCUGGCCCUGGUGCUCCUACUAUGACCGCUGGCCCUGGCAUCUCUCGUCCGGCAGGUAGAGGCAUGCCUCCCACUGGUCUCACCGGUCCUGCUGCAGGUGUCGGUGGCCCUGCUCCCGGCUUUGGUUUCCCUGGUGCUCCUGGAGGCUUCCCUGGCGCUCCUCCACCAGGUUUCGCUGGAAGAGGUGCUCCUCCCGGUUUCCAAGGUCCUCCUCCUGGUUUCCCUGGCGCUCCUGGCGGUGCUCCUCCUGGCUUCGGUGCACCUCCUGGUUUCCAACCUCCUCCAGGACAGGGCAGAGGUUUCCCCCCGCCAGGUUUCGGUGGUCGCUGA